AGUCUUUGAAAAAAUGCCAAUAGUCGCGCAAGAGCAGUGAAAGUAAACAGACGCUUUUUGCAUGCCGUUUUCUCCCAAAAAAUAUUGAUAAUUCUUGUGAAAUACAAGUGUUCUUGAACCCUAGUGGUUUUUUUUGCCAAUCUUCCCUAAAUCUUCUUUUUCGGUUCUUCCUAUUAAUUUAAGUGUGAAGAAAAAUGAAAAAGAACUAUAACCUCAAUAAUUUUCCCGAAGAAAAUGACCAGAAAGAUUUGGACAAUGGGAAAGCUAUCAACGGAACGACCUUCGUGCCUAAUGAGAAAUCUCCUGAAGAACCAGCAGAAGAGGAGAAGCCAGAUGACGUUAAACCCUUGAACUUCUUUUCUCUGUAUCGCUAUUCCACUCCAAAAGAUCGUGUUUUGAUCUUUAUUGGUAUUUUGGCAGCCACAGUUUGUGGUCUCUGUACUCCAGCCAAUACUCUCAUCUUCGGGAGAUUGAUCAAUGCUAUGCUCGGGAAAGCAGGGGAGAUGGUUCCACCGGGAACUGUUCCACCUGAAGGUGAAACCGGUGAGACAUUCCAGGACGAUCCAAUGGAACAGAUGACACAAUGGUUCCUCGAUGAAAUUCAGUUCUUUGCCGUCUUCAACACGAUAAUCGGUGUUGUGAUGCUCGUUGGAAGCUAUGUGUCAACAACGGCUUUCAACUAUGCCGCUCACAAUCAGAUUUUCACGAUAAGAGGAAGGUUUAUGAAAUCAGUGUUGAGUCAGGAAAUUGGAUGGUACGAUCAGAACAAGAGUGGAGAAUUUGCUAGUAGGAUCAAUGAAGAUUUGACAAAGUUGGAAGAGGGUUUGGGAGAGAAAGUUGUCAUGUUUGCUAUGUUCAUGGUAGCUGGCAUUGCGUCAAUCAUCGUUGCCUUUGUCUAUGGUUGGUUGUUGGCCUUGGUCUGCAUGGCUAGUUUACCAGUGACCAUGAUCUCAGUGGGAAUAGUCGGGGUGUUCACAUCGAGACUAUCAAAGAAGGAAGUUGAAGCUUAUGCCAAUGCUGGUGGUAUUGCAGAAGAAGUUUUUGGUGCUAUUAGAACCGUUGUUGCCUUUGGUGGACAAGAUCUCGAAGCUGAACGAUACAAGUCUAAACUUUGUGCAGCCAGGUCCAUCAAUAUCAAAAAGAAUUUCUUCAUGGGCUUGGGAUUUGGACUGCUGUGGUUCUUCAUCUAUGCCUCGUAUGCCUUAGCGUUCUGGUAUGGAGUGGGUCUUGUCUUGGAAUACAUUGACUAUGAACCAGAAGACCAAGUCUAUGAUGCUGGUAUUAUGUUCAUUGUGUUCUUCUCCGUAAUGAUGGCUGGUAUGAACAUUGGUAUGUCAUCACCCUACAUCGAAUCCUUUACGCUGGCUAUGGGAACUGGAGCUAAAGUGUACAGUAUCAUUGAUAGGGAAUCCUUGAUCAAUGCUUGGGCAAACAUAGGAGAACGCCCAAAAAGCGUUGAAGGCAACCUAAGUUUCCAGAAUGUUCACUUCAACUACCCAAAUAGAAAGACUGUCAAAGUGCUUAAAGGUAUUAAUUUGACGAUCAAACGAGGGGAGACUGUUGCUUUAGUCGGACCUUCGGGUUGUGGUAAGUCUACAACCAUUCAGUUGAUUCAGCGCUUCUAUGAUCCUCUGGAAGGAGCAGUCAUCCUGGAUGGAAGAGAUAUUAAGGAUCUCGACGUAGCUUGGCUUCGAUCUCAAAUUGGAGUUGUAGGGCAAGAACCUGUAUUGUUCGGAACGACAAUCUAUGAGAAUAUCAGAUAUGGCUAUGAAGGUGCAACUAGGGAACAGAUUGAGGCUGCAGCUAAGGCUGCCAAUGCUCACAACUUCAUUAAAACUUUGCCCGAAGGAUACAAUACGCUUGUUGGUGAGAGAGGAGCACAGAUGUCAGGUGGACAAAAACAGAGAAUUGCCAUUGCACGAGCUCUUGUUCGCAAUCCAGACAUUCUCCUUCUCGACGAAGCCACCUCGGCUCUGGACACCCAAAGUGAAGCUAAAGUACAAGCUGCUCUGGAGAAUGCAAGCAAAGGUCGAACUACAAUUAUCGUUGCUCAUAGGCUUUCUACAAUCAGAAAUGCCGAUAGGAUUUAUGUGUUCAAGGAUGGUCAGAUCGUAGAAACAGGUACACACAGUGAACUUAUGAAGAAGAACGGAGAAUACUUUGCUCUGGUCACAUCACAAACUGGCAAUGCCGAACGCGAUGGAACGCUAGUGAAGAAGAAUAUCGCAAUGGAUAGUAUUGAUGACGACGAAGAAGUUAUCGACAUUAUGACAGAUGAAUCCGAUCUUGAUGAAAAAUACCAAAGUGUUUCUAUGUGGAAAGUGAUGAAGUGGAACAAACAAGAAUGGCCUUACAUUGUAGUCGGAUCUAUUGCUAGUGUUAUCAUGGGAGCUGCUAUGCCUCUGUUCGCUCUGAUCUUCGGUGAGGUCGUUGGUGCUUUGGCAAAUGAAGAUCAUGAUCAAGUUCGUGCUGAUGCCAAUCGAUUCAGUCUGUACUUUGUGAUUGUGGGCAUUGUAGUGGGACUGGCUACGUUUUUGCAGAUCUAUACGUACGGCGUAGCUGGAGAGUUUCUCACUGAAAGAGUGAGGGAUUGGUCUUUCAGGGCAAUGCUUAGGCAAGAGAUUGCCUGGUUUGACAACAAAUCAAAUGGCGUUGGAGCCUUGUGUUCAAAACUCAGUACAGAUGCUGCAGCUGUUCAAGGUGCUACUGGUCAGAGAAUUGGUACAGUUCUGUCUUCCGUGAGCACUCUUCUCAUUGCCAUUGGCAUAGCAAUGUUCUACGAAUGGAGAUUGGGUCUCGUAGCCUUGGCCUUUGCACCCCUUCUCGUUGUAGGAAGCUACUUGGAGAUGAAAUUCAUGGAACAGCAAAAUAUGGGAAAUUCCAAGGCUCUGCAGAAAUCAACAAAGCUCGCUGUGGAAGUUGUCUCCAAUAUCCGCACAGUAGCCGCAUUGGGUAGAGAAAGUAUGUUCCACAAACAAUAUGUGGACAUGUUGAGGCCAGCUACUAAACAAUGCAAGAGAAACACUCAUAUCCGUGGUACCGUGUACGGCCUAUCCCGUUCAGUCAUGUUCUUCGCAUUUGCCGCUUGCAUGUAUUACGGUGGACAGCUGAUGGUCUGGGGCAUCACAGAUCUGACUUCCGUAUUUGUGGUCACACAAGCUCUUAUUAUGGGCACAAUGUCUAUUGCUGGAGCCUUCGCCUAUGCCCCCAACUUCCAGAAGGGUAUCAUUGCAGCUGGAAAAGUUGAUACUCUGAUGAAUCGUGUGCCUCUGGUGAGGGACAAUCAUGAGAUUAAGAAGAAGGAAUGGUCUGCUUAUGGGAAUAUUACAUUCUUUGAGACUCAAUUCUUCUAUCCUUCUCGGCCUUCGAGUCAAGUGCUCAAAGGAUUGAACUUGAGUGGACUUCAGGGACAAACGGUAGCCCUUGUAGGACCAUCAGGAUGUGGAAAGUCUACGUGUAUUCAGCUUCUGGAGAGAUUCUACGAUACCACAGAUGGUUAUGUGGCAAUUGACGAGAGUAGAGUUACGGAUGUUUCUCAGAAGAAUUUGAGGUCUCAGCUGGGAAUUGUGUCGCAGGAACCAUCGCUAUUUGACAGGACAAUAGCUCAGAAUAUUGCCUACGGGGACAAUGCGAGGAAUGUGUCCGAGAAUGAUAUUAUUGAGGCUGCCAAGAAGGCCAAUAUACACAAUUUUAUUUCAUCACUGCCACUUGGAUAUGAGACUCGUCUUGGGGACAAGGGAACACAACUUUCUGGGGGACAGAAGCAGAGAGUAGCUAUUGCCAGGGCACUCAUUAGAAAUCCUCGAAUCCUCCUUCUGGACGAAGCCACUUCGGCUCUGGACAUGGAGAGUGAAAAAAUUGUCCAGGAAGCCCUCGAUGCAGCCCGGGAAGGACGAACUUGUGUUACAAUUGCCCAUCGACUUACAACAAUUAUCGAUGCCGAUGUCAUUUUCGUGAUAAAUGCUGGAAAAGUCGUUGAACAGGGCACGCACAAGGAACUUCUGGCUAAGCAAGGAAUGUACUACGAUUUGUACAGCCUUCAGGCCAGUCCAAAUUAAAAAAAAAACAAAAAAAACCACCGGCAAAAAAAUAACCCAAUUCCCAAGACGUUCUCUGACAACGAUUGAAAUUCUACUUAAUUAGCAAUAAGGCACCAAUUAACUUAAGAAAAAAAAACAAACAAACUGUAUUUAGCUCCUAGGUUUUGCAAAAUAAAGUAUUUUUGUUGUUUAAUGUUAAAGAGAAGAAAUCUUGUAUUUUGUCUGAAUAUAUUUUAUAAAUAACGUAGUUUUUUCAUAAAUCAUCCUGUUACCUAUUUUGUAUUCCAAUUUAUCAUCUAGAUAAAUAAAAAAAAAGAAUAAAUGGCAGAAGUCACAAUCAA